AUGUCCAGCGACGACCACCAUUCCGAUCACGAACGCCCACCACUCGUCUCCGCCCUCUCCGAGUCUGGUCGCCGGAUCUCCGCCCAGCAUUUCCCGCGGCUUGAGCAUCAACACGGCGCUGGCGCCGCCGACCGUCCCAACCGCCGCGCGAUCGCCCACAUCCCCCUCUCCCCUCCUAAUGCCCAAUCGACACUCUCGCCCGUGUCGCCCGUGGAGCCCGCCGGUCGGUCUCGCUCGCGAAACCGCGGUUACUCCCUUCGACGGUCGAUCUUUAAUAAAACCAUCACCUCGGCAGAGACACCGGAUGACCUUGCCCUAGCAGAGCUGGGUGAGGUCCGGGAACCAGAAGUCAAUGAGAAGAACGAGCUGAGCACGGCGCCGACGACCGUGUCCGCGCACAAGGAGGAGGUUGCUACGUACGUCUCGUCCGAGCCUUCGGAGAAGGCGUUCAAGGACUUGGCGCAGGGGCGAUGGGCGAAGAAGCGCACGACGAAAGAUGUGGCCGUGGCGCGGGUCCAGGCGGCGCUCACGAGUGCGCGGAAAUUCAUCCUCAGGAUCAAGGAUAUCCCGCCUACGAAAGAUGGUCGGCAUCUGGAUCUAAAUCCCUCUUUGGUGGAUUCGAUGCUGGAUGAGCGUACGGGCAAGGCUUAUAUUGGCAAUUGGAUUCGAUCCAGUCGGUAUAGUCUUUGGAGUUUCUUUCCGCGACAGUUUUUCGCACAGUUUACCAAGAUCGCCAACUUUUACUUCCUCGUCGUUGCGAUCUUGCAGAUGAUCCCUGGCCUCAGUACCACCGGAACGUACACGACUCUGGUGCCGUUGCUGAUUUUCGUGGGUAUUUCCAUGGGAAAGGAAGGGUUUGAUGACUGGCGGAGAUAUCGUCUUGAUAAGGAGGAGAACAAUCGCGAUGCUUGGGUGCUUCGACCUGGUCAUGGGAAGUCGUCCGAUACUGAUUCUGUGGUCAGUAAUGCCAAGGACUGGCAGUGCGUUAAGUGGGAGGAUAUUCGCGUUGGAGAUGUUAUCAAACUGCAGCGUGACCAUCCCAUUCCUGCGGACAUUGCUUUGCUUCAUGCCAGUGGUCCCAAUGGGGUUGCCUAUAUUGAGACCAUGGCGCUGGACGGCGAGACCAACCUCAAGAACAAGCAGCCUUGUCAGCCGGUCUCGAAAGUCUGCUCCACCAUUGAAGAUAUCACCAGCAAUUCGUUGCACUUUGUUGUGGAAGACCCUAAUCUUGAUCUGUACAAAUUCGACGGCCACGUCACCGUCAAUGAUCAAGAGAAGAUCCCUCUCACCAACAACGAGAUUGCCUACCGUGGCAGUAUCCUUCGCAAUACGGAUCGUGUGCUCGGUAUGGUGAUCUACACUGGCGAGGAAUGCAAGAUUCGAAUGAAUGCCAACAAGAACCCGCGCAUCAAGAAGCCUUCCCUUCAAGCCAAGGUCAAUCGCGUUGUGAUGUUGAUUGUGGUCUUGGUUGUGCUUCUGGCUGUUGUCUGCACCGUGGCCUACAGGUUCUGGUCUCGCGAUGUGGAACAAAAGUCGUGGUAUCUGAGCGAUGCCAGUGUUAGCUAUGGCCCUAUUUUCACCUCUUUCCUCAUCAUGUUCAACACCAUGAUUCCCAUCUCGCUCUACGUGAGUAUGGAAAUCGUGAAAGUUGCUCAGAUGCUACUACUCAACGAUAUCGACAUGUACGACCCUGAAACGGACACUCCCCUGGAAGCCCGGACUUCGACGAUUAAUGAGGAACUCGGUCAAGUCAGCUACAUCUUCUCUGACAAGACCGGUACCUUGACGAACAACUCUAUGCGAUUCCGCAAAAUGAGUGUCGCUGGCACUGCGUGGUUGCACGAUGCAGACCUACAAGAGGAAGCUGCUCGUGAAGGUGACCACACGAAGCUCAUCCACAAAAAGCGAAGAGCCAAGGGCAAGAAGGCGAUUGGACGCAAGUCCAACCUUUCCGAAAUGCAAAUGCCUCGUCCAUCAAACGUGUCCGGAGCUGUCGACCAACCCCCACCUGGCCGCUCCGCCACUACAUAUCGCACAGCCGAGAUGAUUGAUUACAUCCAACGCAAACCCUACACCGUGUUCGCCCGCAAAGCCAAGCUUUUCAUUCUUUCCAUGGCAUUGUGCCACACCUGUAUCCCCGAAAACGACGAAUCCGGCAACACAACCUUCCAAGCCUCCUCCCCCGACGAACUGGCCCUAGUCCUCGCAGCCCAAGAACUGGGCUACCUGGUCUUCGACCGCCAAUCCAACACCCUGACCAUCCGCACCCAGCCCAACGGACCAGACGAGGCAACCUCCGACGAAGUCUACGAAAUAAUGGACGUGAUCGAAUUCUCAUCCGCGCGCAAGCGCAUGUCCGUCAUCGUGCGCAUGCCCGAUCAACGCAUCUGUCUCUUCUGCAAAGGAGCCGACACAACACUCAUGCGUCUCCUGAAGCAAGCCUCCCUAGCCCAAGAAAAGGCGAACGAGAUCGAGCGCCGCGCCAGCAGACGCAAGAACGCGGAAGCCAACCACGUCAUCCGACGAAACAGCGAGCAUCAUUCUCGUAAGAACUCUACGCGGAGCUCGAUGACAAGACCUAGUUUCACGCGCCGUCGAUCGUCGAUCACGGGACAGCAGGGGUCGGCUCUUCGUGCGAGUAUUGAUGUCUGGCUGCGUGAUCGUGAGACUGAUGGUGGGAUGUUGAAUCCCGGGGCGAAUAGCGAGUAUUAUAGUCCUCGACCGUCGGCGCAGAUGGGUCGACACUCUGCUGCGAUAUCGGAUUCCGGGAGUGAGACUAAUGGCGAAGAUGAGGAUCUUGUUGAGGAGGCGUUGGUUGUCAAUGAGACUGCCAUUUUCGAACGUUGCUUCCAGCACUUGAAUGACUUUGCUACCGAUGGACUGCGCACUUUGUUGUAUGGUCAUCGGUUCUUGGAUGAGAAUACCUAUACGGCUUGGAAGGCUGCGUACAAUGAGGCUUGCACUAGUCUUGUCGAUCGACAGGAGAAGAUUGAACAGGUCGGCGAGGAUAUUGAAAAGUCGCUUGAGUUGACUGGUGCUACUGCUAUCGAGGAUAAGUUGCAGAAGGGUGUUCCAGAGGCGAUCGAUAAGCUUCGCCGGGCGAAUAUCAAAAUGUGGAUGUUGACGGGUGACAAGCGGGAGACUGCUAUCAACGUCGGACAUUCAUGUCGCCUUGUCAAAGAGUACUCGACAUUGACCAUCCUGGAUCAAGAGAAUGGAGAUGUUGAACAGCUCAUCGAUGGUCUCAUUGGCGAGAUUACCCGCGGCCGCGUGGCUCAUUCUGUAGUUGUUGUCGAUGGCCAGACACUCUCAGUGAUCGAAGAUGAUGAGGUCGUGCGCGAGAAGUUCUUCCAGCUUGCCAUCAAAGCGGACUCGGUGAUUUGUUGCCGAGCAAGCCCGAAGCAGAAAGCUUUCCUCGUCAAAUCAAUUCGCAAACAUCUCGAUGACGCCGUGACCCUUGCUAUCGGCGAUGGUGCAAAUGACAUCGCCAUGAUCCAGGAGGCUCAUGUCGGUAUCGGUAUCACCGGUAAAGAAGGUUUACAGGCAGCGCGUAUCUCUGAUUAUUCGAUUGCGCAAUUCCGCUUCCUCCUCAAGCUGCUCCUCGUCCACGGCCGCUGGAACUACAUGCGCGCCUGCAAGUAUACGCUCGGCACGUUCUGGAAGGAGAUGUUGUUCUACCUCACCCAAGCGCUUUACCAGCGCUGGAAUGGCUACACUGGUACAAGUCUUUACGAGCCGUGGAGUCUGUCCAUGUUUAAUACGCUCUUCACCUCUCUCGCUGUGAUUUUCCUCGGCAUCUUCACCAAAGAUCUCUCCGCCUCAACUCUCCUUGCCGUACCAGAACUCUACACCAAAGGCCAAAAGCACGGCGGGUUCAACAUGCGACUCUACCUCGGCUGGUCCUUCAUGGCAACUUGCGAAGCAGUUAUCAUAUUCUUCACCAUGUGGUCGCUCUACGGCCUCGCACGCGUCAACCCAAGCGGCAACGACAUCUUCUCCCUAGGCCUCCUCACCUUCUCCGCCUGCAUAAUCGUCAUCAACGUCAAACUCCAAGCCCUAGAAGUCCACAACAAAACCUACAUGUCCCUCGCAGUCAUCAUAAUCUCCGUAGGCGGCUGGUUCGUCUGGGACAUGAUUCUCGACCGCGAAUACACAAUGUCAUCCGGAAAAGGCGUCUACUUCGUCCCAGGCAACUUCCUCCAACACAGCGGCCACAACCUCCUAUUCUGGGUCGUUCUCCUCCUCUCCGUAACAGCCGUCAUCCUCUUCGAAUUCACCGUCUCAACCCUCCGCGCCCUCUUCUUCCCAACAGACGUGGACAUCUUCCAAGAAUACGAACAAGACCUCGACAUCCGCAAACGCUUCGAAGAAGCCGCCGCCUCAGAACUGCAGCAGGGCUGGGACCACGGAACGAAGAAAAGCAGUUUCGAGCUCGCUCGCGAAAAGGAAGAAAUCGCCGAACUUGACGCUCGCGAACGACAGGUUCGCGAACUCCUUGCUCGUCCUCGCGUUAUGGAUAAGCCGAAUGCCGUUGAGCAUGAAUUGGAUGGGUAUACCAGUGCCAGUGCGACGGCUAGUCAUAAUGGGAGUGUGCCGCGUCCGGAGCCUGAGAGGAGACAGUCGGUUGAGAUUCAGGAACUGUUUAGUCAGGGCUUUGGUAAAGUGCGGAAGGGUCAACUUAAGUGA